ACGCCACGGUGGAAUCCCAGCCAGAAAAUCCCUUUCUUCCCCCCGCCCCGACCCGCAUCUCCCCCUCUCCCCGUCGCCGCCGCGGCCACCGCGGCCGUACGUGCCGGUUCCUUCCCCGUUGCCUUGCCUUGGCUUUGCCCCUCCCUCCCCUCCUUCCUUGCGUGCGGCCUCCACUUCCCACACCACCACCACCCGCAUCACCCAAUCCCUGCAGUAUUCUAUUCCAUUUCCGCCAGCGAAAGCUUUACAGCCACACCCUCCGCUCCGCGCGGCGGGUUGCGUCUCUCCGCCCAUAAUUGAAGCGGCUGCGGUGGCGGCAUCAUCCGAUCAAUCAUCAUACCACCGAACAGCAGAUAGAGGGAGAAGGACGCGGUAGGGGGAGGGGAGUUGGGGGCUCGCGGCGCGUGGGAAUGAUGGAGGCGUGCUGCUGCUCGUCCUCGUCGGUUCCGUCCGCGUCCAUCCUCGCCACGGGCGCCGGCCUCCGCCGCAGAUUCUCCCCGGCUGCGGCGGCGGCGGCGGGGGCCGGCGGUGGGAGGGCGGUGGCGAUGGCGAUGGCGGCGGCGCGGCCGGUCCGCGGGCCCGCCGCGGCUCUGCUGGCCGCGCCGCGGCGGAGGUCCCUCGCCGUCGUCAGGGCGGUGUUCGAGCGGUUCACGGAGCGGGCGGUGAAGGCGGUGGUGUUCUCGCAGCGGGAGGCGCGCGGGAUGGGGGACGAGACGGUGGCGCCGCACCACCUGCUGCUGGGCCUCGUCGCUGAGGACCGGUCGCCGCUGGGUUUCCUCGCGUCGGGCGUCCGCGUCGAUCGCGCCCGUGAGGCGUGCCGCGCCGCCGUCGGCAAGGAAGGGCUCCCGCAGGCGCCGGUCGGGCUGGCCACGGACGUGCCCUUCUCGGGGCCCAGCAAGCGAGUCUUCGAGGCGGCGGUGGAGUUCUCCAGGAACAUGGGAUGCAACUUCAUCUCGCCGGAGCACAUUGCUCUCGGCCUGUUCAACCUGGACGAUCCCACCACUAACACCGUCCUUAAGAGGUUAGAAAUAGAUCCAAAUCAGCUAGCAAAACAGGCGCUUACCAGAGUACAAGGGGAGCUUGCAAAGGAUGGGAGAGAACCCGUGGGAUUAUCUUCUUACAAAGUGCGUCAGAAAUUUACUCCUGGAGGUGGGAAGUCUGCAAUUGUAAAAUACUCUAACAAAAAGAAAGAGAAGAGUGCAAUGGCUCUAUUUUGUCUAGAUUUGACUAUGCGAGCCAGUGGAGGAUUGAUUGAUCCUGUCAUUGGUCGCAAGGAUGAGAUUGAAAGAGUGGUUCAGAUUAUAUGCCGCCGCACAAAGAACAAUCCAAUCCUUUUGGGCGAAGCAGGUGUUGGUAAGACUGCCAUUGCCGAGGGUUUGGCCCUUAAAAUUGCCAAUGGAGAUGUUCCUAUUUUCCUUGUGGGAAAGCGUAUAUUGUCAUUGGAUGUUGCUCUACUAAUGGCUGGUGCUAAAGAGAGGGGUGAACUGGAAGCCAGAGUUACUAGUUUAAUCCGUGAAGUGCACAAAGCAGGUGAUGUUAUACUGUUCAUCGACGAAGUCCAUACUCUUAUUGGAUCUGGCAUUGCUGGAAGAGGAAGCAAAGGAGCUGGUCUUGAUAUUGCUAAUUUGCUGAAGCCUGCACUUGCUAGAGGUGAAUUGCAGUGUAUUGCAUCUACAACUCUGGAUGAACACCGAUUGCAUUUUGAGAAGGAUAAGGCGUUGGCCCGCCGGUUUCAGCCUGUUUUUGUGAAUGAGCCUAGUCAGGAGGAUGCUGUGAAGAUAUUACUUGGUCUGCGUGAGAAGUAUGAGGCCUAUCACAAAUGCAAAUAUACUUUAGAAGGCAUCAACGCAGCAGUUUAUUUGUCAGCAAGAUAUAUUGCUGACAGACAUCUUCCUGAUAAGGCCAUUGACCUAAUAGAUGAAGCUGGUAGUAGAGCUAGGAUGGAAUCAUUUAAAAGGAAGAAGGAGGAACAGUGCUCUAUUCUCUCAAAGUCACCAGAUGAAUACUGGCAAGAGAUUAGAGCUGUCCAGAACAUGCAUGCAGUGGCACUGACUAACAAGGUGAAAUAUUCUCUAAAUGAGAAUGACCAAGAUGAUGUUGUUGAGGUUGAAGUUCUGGGUGAGGACAAAACAAAUCCAGUAUCUAUGCUAUCAACUUCAACUAAUGAACCAUCUCUAGUUGGAUCAGAGGAAAUUGCAAGAGUCACAUCAUUGUGGUCAGGCAUACCAGUUCAGCAGUUGACGGCAGAUGAAAGAAAACUUCUAGUAGGAUUGGAUGAUGAACUCAGGAAACGUGUCAUAGGUCAAGAUGAUGCUGUUCUAGCCAUAUCUAAAGCUGUGAAGAGAUCACGUGUUGGCCUCAAUGACCCUGACCGACCUAUUGCUACACUGAUUUUCUGUGGUCCAACAGGUGUUGGAAAAACUGAACUCACCAAAGCUCUAGCAGCAAGUUAUUUUGGAUCUGAAUCAGCUAUGGUUAGAUUAGAUAUGAGUGAGUAUAUGGAGCGACAUGCUGUGAGCAAGCUAAUAGGAUCUCCUCCAGGGUACAUGGGAUUUGGUGAGGGUGGUACUUUGACUGAAGCAGUCAGGAGGAAACCAUUCACUGUGGUGUUGCUUGAUGAGAUAGAGAAAGCUCAUCCUGAUAUUUUUAAUAUUCUUCUUCAAGUAUUCGAUGAUGGUCAUUUGACGGACUCACAGGGCCGCAGGGUUUCCUUCAAGAAUACAUUAAUUGUGAUGACAUCAAAUGUUGGUUCCACAUCAAUUUCCAGUGGAAGGCGGAGCAUAGGUUUCCAGACACAAACUGAUUCAGAAGAAAAGUCAUAUGCUACAAUGAAAUCUUUGGUAAUGGAAGAGUUGAAGGCAUUUUUUCGGCCUGAAUUGCUCAAUAGAAUUGAUGAAGUGGUUGUGUUCCGCCCUCUUGAGAAGACUCAGAUGCUGGCUAUUCUCAAUAUAAUGCUGCAAGAGGUGAAGGGUAGGAUUUUAGCCCUUGGGAUUGGCUUAGAGGUAUCUGAUUCCAUGAAGGAGUUGAUUUCUCAGCAUGGAUACGAUCAGAGCUACGGUGCACGGCCACUGAGAAGAGCUGUCACUCAGCUGGUUGAGGAUGUCAUCAGCGAAGCAAUUCUGUCUGGGCAGUUCAAGCCUGGUGACACCAUAAUGAUGGACACUGAUGCUACGGGGAAACCUUGCUUGAGUCGACUGAAUAAUCAGACCGUCCAAUUGUCUGAUCCGACACCAACACUUUGAAGGUUCAAGGACCCUAUGUAUAUUUGUGAUUUCACUCAUUUAUUCUUCCACAACGAUAAGCUUAUUUAUUUUGUGCAUGCAUAGGUUCCGUAGUUCAUGUACAUAGCCACAACAUGCUGGAUUUUCUCCAUGCACAUAAUGUAAAUUUAAAUCUAACAUCAAUUGUACAUAUCAUUGAAUUCCGUAAGUACUUAAAUCAUUUACAUGAUCAGAUCGUCCAACACGAUCUAGUUGGUUUAUUUGCACCGGAACCAGACUAGUGUUCCAAAACCAGUUUAUGGUCAGUG